AUGAUCUUCAACAACCUCUUCUCACGGCUCUCCCGCCCCUUCACAGCCGCCACCCGCCUCUCCAUCGCCCCCGAAUCCCCCGCAGCCACAACCUCCCUCCCCGAAGGCGCCCAGCGCUGCACCGUCGCCGCCGGCUGCUACUGGGGCACCGAGCACCUCUACCGCAAGCACUUUUCCGGCAAGGGCCUCAUCGACGCAAAGGUCGGCUUCAUCGGCGGCGACCUGACCAACCCUUCCUACCGCGCCGUCUGCGGCGGCAAGACCGGCCACGCCGAGGCCGCAGAAAUCAUCUUCGACCCAUCCCAAGUCUCCUACCGCCAGCUCAUCGAGUUCUUCUACCGCAUGCACGACCCCACAACCCUCAACCGCCAAGGCCCCGACACCGGCCCGCAGUACCGCUCCGCCAUCUACUUCCACAGCGACGAGCAGGAGCGCAUCGCCCGCGACGUCACCGAAAAGGCAAACGCCCAGUGGUGGCAGGGCAAGAUUGUCACCGAGAUUGCGCCCGCCGGCCAGUGGUGGACCGCCGAGGAGUACCACCAGCUGUACCUGGAGAGGAACCCCGAGGGCUAUGAGUGCCCGAGUCACUUCCUGAGACCGCUCAAGGAUCUGGAGUGA